GGUUCUGGCUCGGCUUACAUCUCGGAUUCGCGAGGCAUUUUCGUCCAAGUUUUCGGCUGGUUUCCGUUCUCUUUUUCCUUGUAAUCGUCGACAAGUGCGGUCAUAAACGCGACAAGAUGACAUCGAAAGUGUCCAAGGACAUCCUGUACGAGUGCGUCAAUGAGGUGCUGAAGGGUGCCAAGAAGAAGCACCGCCGCUUCUUGGAGACGGUGGAGCUGCAGAUCGGUCUGAAGAACUACGAUCCCCAAAAGGACAAGCGUUUCUCCGGCACUGUCAAGCUAAAGUACAUUCCCCGCCCCAAGAUGCAGGUGUGCGUGCUCGGCGAUCAGCAGCAUUGCGACGAAGCCAAGGCCAACGAGGUCCCCUUCAUGGAUGCCGAAGCACUCAAGAAGUUGAAUAAGAACAAGAAGCUGGUCAAGAAACUGGCCAAGAAGUACGACGCCUUCCUUGCCUCAGAAUCGCUGAUUAAGCAGAUCCCCCGUCUGCUCGGUCCCGGUUUGAACAAGGCCGGCAAGUUCCCCGGUCUGUUGGCCCACAGCGAAUCGAUGAUGCAGAAGAUCGACGAAGUCAAGGCCACCAUCAAGUUCCAGAUGAAGAAGGUCCUGUGCUUGUCGGUUGCCGUCGGCCACGUCAAGAUGACCCCGGACGAGCUGGCUCAGAACGUGCAUCUUUCGGUGAACUUCCUGGUGUCGCUGCUGAAGAAGCACUGGCAGAACGUUCGCUCCCUGCACAUCAAGUCCUCAAUGGGAGUGGCCCAGCGCCUGUACUAAAGCGGAACGGUUUGCGUGUGUUUCUCGAUUGGACCGCACUCUUUUGGAUAGAUACAGAUGCAUUUUACUGUAUCACAUUUAAGUGUUAACAUGUAGGGAUUAUUGCUAUGCAAUAAAAACUCACAAAAACGUA